AUGCCAAAGUGGUGUGGCCUGUGGCCAGGCUAUGGGACUAAUUCCCCGCCACGGUUCCUCAAAUUCAGAUCCUCCGAUGGCUUCAUUAUGUUUGUUGUGGCCUUUGCCGUGUUCACAGAUAUUCUGUUGUAUGGGCUAAUUGUCCCCGUUGCUCCAACGGCGCUGCAUGAAAGAGUGGGCUUAUCUGUCGAUGAUGAACAAAGAUGGACAUCCAUUCUUCUAGCUCUAUACGGUGCAGCUCUGUUAGCCACCUCGCCUAUUGCGGGCUACAUUGCUGACCGCUUCGACUCGCGCUACUGGCCGUUGAUUGCUGGCUUGGUCGCGCUGGGGGCGUCGACGGCCCUGCUCUGCGUGGGAACCAGCCUCGCGCUGUGGAUUGUUGGGCGGUUGUUCCAGGGCGCGUCGGCGGCCAUCGUCUGGACCGUGGGCCUGGCAUUGAUGGUAGACACUGUCGGCCGGGACGGCCUGGGCCAGGCGAUGGGCUACAUCGGCAUGGGCAUGACGCUGGGAAUCAUGGGCGGCCCGCUUCUCGGGGGUGUCAUCUACGGCCGCGGGGGCUACUAUGCGGUGUUCGGGCUGGCGUUCGGGCUCGUCGGCGUGGACAUUGUGUUGCGGCUCGUGAUGAUCGAGAAGAAGCAUGCCCUGAAAUGGGAGCAGCAGCAACAGCAACUCAAAGGAAACCCAACCGACCACCCGCAACAAAUCGACCACUAUACAUCCUCAUUCACCUCAUCCGCAACACAACCCACCUCCCUCCCCCCGGACCUCGAGCACCAACCCCCCAAAACCACCCUUACCACUCCAGCAACCCCAACACCCCCAGCGGCCCGCAAACCCACCAAAUCCCAACCCACCGCCACAAAGAACGCAAUAACCACCCUCCUCUCCUCCCCGCGCAUGCUCGUCACCCUCUGGACAUACUUCAUCAUCUCCGUCCUUCUCAGCUCCUUCGACAGCGUGCUCCCCUUAUUCGUGGAAUCCACCUUUGCCUGGUCCCAACUCGGCCAAGGCCUAAUCUUCAUCCCCAUCUCACUCCCCCACCUCCUCGAUCCGGUAGUGGGCCACCUCAACGAUCGCUUCCCGCGCCUCCGCCGGUACCUCGCCGCGGGGGCGCUCUUCGCCACCGUGCCGCCCGUCGUGGCGCUGCGCUGCGUGACAGCCAACACCCUGAACCAGAAAGUCCUGCUCUGUGCGCUGCUGGCGCUCGUAGGGGCUUGCAUCGCCACGCUCAUGCCGCCCGUGCUCGUCGAGGCCUCGUACAUCGUGCAGGAGAAGGAGGAGGCGAACCCGCAUGUCUUUGGAAAGGGCGGGGCGAUGGCGCUGGCGUAUGGGAUUUUGAAUGUUGCGUUUGCCGCGGGGACGAUUGCGGGCCCGUUCUUUGCGGGGUUCAUCCGGGAGAGUGCUGGCUGGGGCACGAUGACUUGGGCGUUGGCGCUGUUGGCGGGGGUUUCGGGGUUUCCGGUGUUGUUGCUACUUGGGGGGUUUUUGUUUGAGAAGAGAGGGAAGGGGGAGGAGGUGGAGGUGCCGAGAUCAUGA